GACCAAUCGGAGGCAGAUGUCUGGUUGUUAAAGUCGGACUCAUUCCAAUCAUGGCUGUCAGUAUAAAUUUGAACGGCAAGCAAUGGAGGGCUCUUCUCUUGUAUCAACAAAUAUCUUCACGUUUAUACACGAGUUUGUAUUGAAAAUUCUAAGAAUUACUAUGAAAUUUUUCAAAAUGAAUUUCAAUGUUGACUGAUUUUGGAAAGUGUACUUAUAACAUUGGAUCAUAAGGUUGGAGAAUUUUUUUGCUAUCUGUACGAAUAAUGACAUCCAGUAGAUUAGACAGACUUUUCAUCUUACUAGAGACUGGCAGUUCAGCAGUUACAAGGUCAGCAGCUGCUAAACAACUGGGAGAGGUGCAGAAAUUACAUCCUCAUGAGUUGAACACUCUGUUGAUAAGAACUGCAAAAUAUUUGAAAUCUAAUUCAUGGGAGACAAGAAUUGCUGCUGCAGAGGCCAUUAGAGCCAUUGUGAGCAAUGUUCCACAAUGGGAUCCCCAUCCAAACGAUGAUAUACCAGAAUUGGAGUUGAGUCAGAUUGUUCCAUCUUCAAUAGGAAGACUCAGAUUUACUCAGUUCGAUAUAAUGAAAGUAUUGGAAAAUAGUAAAUCUCUUAUGGCAUCAGAGGGAACUGAAUUCGAUAUGGAGGAAGAUAAAUCAGGUGGCGACUUGAAGGAAAAACUGGCGAAACAAAGACAAAUUUUGAAUGCUAAGUUAGGUCUUACUGAAGCUGCAAAAAUUGGAAUAGAUGUAUCUGAUUUAUUCUCAAAUGAAGAUUUAAUAAUCAAAAUGGAGCCUCUGAAUAUGUCGGACACUAAAAAACCACUACAUGAAUUUAUCACAGCAGUGAACGACUCACUCAGUUGUCGAGAAAGGAAUCGUGCCAAGAGGAAAGCUCGUCAAGCUGUUGGUAAGAAGUCUCGAGAAAUGGGUGAAGACAAUUCAACAAAUGAAGAAUUGGAUAAUAGAAAAAGAAUAAAAUUUGAAGUAAAAGAGGAAAUAAUGGAUUUUGGAUCUCCCCCUGAAGCAGGGGAAUCUAUGGAUUGGCCUCUGGAAUGGUUCUGUGAUAAAAUGAGUCAGGAGUUGUUCAGUUCUUGUUGGGAGUCCCGACACGGAGCUGCUACUGCCCUAAGAGAAGUAAUUGCAGUCCAUGGUAGAGGGGCUGGAAAAUCAAUGAACCUUACUUCUAAACAGAUGUUCAACUCUCAUCAGAUAUGGUUAGAAGAUAUGGCAAUAAGACUUAUAUGUGUAUUAGCAUUGGACAGAUUUGGUGAUUUUGUAUCUGACGCUGUAGUUGCUCCUGUCAGGGAAACUUGUGCUCAAACUCUUUCGGCUGUACUCAAAUUGAUGACAACAGAGAGUUGUUUGGAAGCCUUAAAACUAUUACUACAGCUUUUAGAUUAUAAAGAAUGGGAGGCCAGACAUGGCGGUUUACUAGGACUGAAGUAUUUAUUAGCAGUUAAGGAAGAUAUAAAUAAUUUAUUACUGCCACAAUCAUUUCCUCAUAUUUUGAAUGGAUUGUCAGAUCCAGUGGAUGAUGUUGGAGCAGUUGCGGCCUCAUCUCUCAUACCAGUUGCUGAAAAAUUAGUUGAAUUAGUUCCAACAUCGGUGCCCCUAGUAGUUGACAAACUUUGGGAACUUCUGGCCGAACAAGAUGAACUUGCCGCUGCAUGUAAUAGUUUUAUGGGUUUAUUGGCAUCUAUUCUAAAUUUAUCUAUUGCUCAAGCACUAUUGCCACCACAAAAUUUGAAUAAUGUUGUUCCAAAAUUGUGGCCUUUUCUUAGUCAUAGUACAUCAUCCGUUCGAAAAGCUACCCUUCAAACUCUUCAUACACUGACAGAAGCACCAUCAAAAGAUAUUAGUAUACCAUGGAGUGCUCUUCUCCUUCAGGAAGCAUUGCGUUAUGUGUUUCAAAGAGUUCUAGUUGAACCAUUGCCUGAUAUCAGAGAAGUAGCUGAAAAGGUUUGGGUGAACCUUGUGAAAAAUUCUGGAUUGGUUGAACUGUUGCAUGCUGCUUGUCCCUUUAUCACUGUGUGGUUGGUUUUGAGUAUGCAGAUUACAAGUAUUCCUGUUGAUUGUGCAUUGCUGAUAUUUGCAAGUACUCAUAAAAAGAAGAGCACCAUCGAUGGACUGCAUACAUAUGACAAUAAUAUAGUGGUACCUAAAUGGUAUAUAGGAGGUUGUGAAACAACCCCAUUGCGAGUCCGAGAAAAGAACGCCAUAGAAGUUAGAUGUAUGUUAACAAGAAUGUUAGGCUUAUUAUCUUGUUAUAUCGUGCAAGAGGCUCCAGGUGUAGAUUAUGGUAAUGGUAUUGAAAAACCAGUGAACUCAUAUGAAAAAAUUUUAUUAUCUCAUUUGAACUCUAAAUCUGCCAUGCAGAGGAUGGUCGCCAGCAUGGUAAUAUCUGAUUGGGCUAGACAAUCUCAGAUGUCGGUGUGUCCUCCACUGUUAAAAGAAAGACUUCAGGUCUGCUUAACAGAAGGUAUUUAUUUCGAUGAAAUAGCCUUGAGUUUCACCAAAUUGGCGCAAGAAACUAAAGACUUCAUAGCAACUUUGAAACACUACAAGGUUGAUGUUGAUAUUGACAGUGAACCUAUACUUACCCUGAAUAAUAUACAUGAAUUGACUGGUUCUAAUAUGCAGAAACACUUGAUCAGCUCUAAACUGAAAAGUAAAGUGUAUGACAAUUUAGAGGAUAGACGCUUGAGCAUUCAAGGGAGUGUUGUUCAGAUCAGUAAUGAACAAUUAACUUUAAGCAUAAGUACAUUGGCUGCUGUAUCUGGUGCUUUAGUUAUGUUCAAUGCUCUUCCUGAAAAGCUAACCCCUAUUGUCAAACCUCUCAUGGAAGCUAUUCGUCGUGAAGACAAUGAGAGCCUUCAAAAAUUAGCUGCUGCUAAUUUAGCAAUUCUUGUUGAUCAAUGCAGAAACAGGGUGCCUUGUCCUGGUGAUAAAAUUUUGGUCAAUUUAUGUACUUUUUUGAAAUGUGAUCCUGAUUUCACUCCAGUCAUUGUGAAAGAAGGUACAUCCGAUUCCUCAUUCAAGCAAGAGAAUUAUCUUGGUAUUCUAACGUUGGUGAAACAACAGAAGAAUGCUGAAAAGGUCACAUUUCGCCGACAGAAUAGCUUGGGUAGAGGGCCCGGUAGGCCACCAGUGUCAGAGUUACCCCUGGAGGAAUUAUUGAAAGAAGAAGAUGAAGUCCAUAAAAUAAAUCGAACACAAAGACGAGGGGCCUCGUUUGCUUUGACUGCAAUUGCUAGCCAUUUUGGAAAGGAUUUACCUGAGAAAUUGCCCAAAUUUUGGGAAUUUGCAAUUGGAGAUCUUGUGAACAGAAUCGAUCCUUCUAUUUUCGAUCCUAAGACUGCUUAUGAAAAAGAUGGAGAAGCGGAAAAGUUAGUUGAAACGCUUCAGGUUCUUGAAGUUACAACUACCAGCUUCCACCCAGACCUGUUUCCAGAUUUGAUGUCAAAAAGUUUAGACAGAUUAUGCCUUCUCUUAUCUCAUCCUUACACAGCUGUCAGGCAUUUAGCCUCCAGGUGUUUAGCUAUUUUCGCGAAAAUAGAUUCUGUAAAAGUUAUGGAGAUGAUAGUGGAAAAGGUUCUUCCCAAAAUGGAAUCAAUGGAUUCAGACAUCGUCAGACAAGGGGCCAUAGAGGUUAUUGCAUGCAUUGUUGAGGUCUUACAGUACAACAUUAUACCAUAUGUUGUAUUAUUGAUAGUUCCUCUUCUGGGAAGAAUGUCUGAUCAAAAUAAGUCUGUCAGGCUUAUGGGAACAAGCUGUUUUGCCACAUUAGUUCAGUUGAUGCCACUUGAUGGAGGAGUUCCUGAACCACCCACCUUUGCAAAUAGUUCUUUGCAAGAGAAACGAAUAAAAGAAAGAGAAUUCCUUGAGCAACUCCUUACUCCAUCUUGUAUUCCUGAUUAUAAAAUUCCUGUACCUAUAGCUGCAGAAUUGAGAAGCUACCAACAAGCUGGAGUCAAUUGGUUAGGAUUUCUAAAUAAAUACAAAUUGCAUGGUAUUCUUUGCGAUGACAUGGGUCUUGGAAAAACCUUACAGAGUAUUUGUAUUUUGGCUAGUGAUCACUACUUUAGGGAAGAGAAAUAUAAAAAUACUAAAUCCCCUGAUUGUGUUCCUCUACCAUCCCUAGUUAUUUGUCCACCAACAUUAAUUGGCCAUUGGGUGUAUGAAGUAGAAAAAUUCCUAUCCAAAAAAUAUCUGAAACCAUUACAGUAUAAUGGUACACCAACAGAAAGAGAAAAAUUGCGAAUAAAAUUUAAAAUAUAUAAUCUCAUUGUAGCUUCUUACGAUAUAGUGAGAAAAGAUAUAAAUUUCUUCAGCAGUAUGAAAUGGAAUUAUGUUAUUUUGGACGAAGGACACAUAAUAAAAAAUGGAAAGACAAGAACAAGUCUUGCAAUCAAAGCAUUGAUCGCAAAUCAUAGGUUAAUAUUGAGUGGUACUCCGAUACAGAACAACGUAUUGGAGUUGUGGAGUCUCUUUGAUUUUUUGAUGCCUGGAUUUUUGGGCACAGAAAAGCAGUUUACUGCCCGAUACUCCAAACCAAUUUUAACCAGUAACGAUCCAAAAUGCUCUUCAAAAGAUCAAGAAGCUGGGGUGUUGGCGAUGGAAGCACUACACAGACAAGUGUUGCCGUUUUUAUUAAGGAGGAUGAAGGAAGAUGUCCUUGAUGAUUUACCACCAAAAAUUACUCAGGAUUACUAUUGUGAAUUAAGUCCCUUACAGGAACAGUUAUAUGAAGAUUUUUCAAAAUCUCAAGCUCAUCAAACCUUACAGGAUUCUUUAACUACUGGCUCAACUGGCGCAUCUCUGCAAGGCAACACCCAUAUAUUCCAAGCUUUGAGAUAUCUUCAGAAUGUUUGUAAUCAUCCUAAACUGGUUCUGAAUCAUAGUCACCCUCAAUAUCAAAACAUUCUAAAGAAAUUAAAGCAAAACCAGUCUGAAUUAGAUGACAUAAACCAUUCAGCAAAAUUACCUGCUCUGAUGCAACUUCUUCAAGAUUGUGGUAUUGGUUCCUCAGGAUCACAAGCUUCAACACAACUAGUGAUAAAUCAACACAGAGCAUUGGUGUUUUGUCAGCUCAAAGCUAUGUUAGAUAUUAUAGAGAAUGACUUAUUCAAGAAACACAUGCCAACUGUCACCUAUCUGCGUUUAGAUGGAUCAAUCGCUUCUAGUCUUCGACAUUCUGUAGUUCAAAGAUUUAAUAAUGACCCAUCAAUUGAUGUGUUAUUAUUGACGACUCAAGUAGGAGGACUGGGAUUGAAUUUGACAGGAGCAGAUACGGUCAUAUUUGUAGAGCAUGACUGGAAUCCCAUGAAAGAUCUUCAAGCUAUGGAUCGAGCUCAUAGGAUUGGUCAACGAAAAGUUGUUAAUGUUUAUAGGCUGAUUACAAGAAUGACAUUGGAGGAGAAGAUAAUGGGAUUACAGAAAUUCAAAGUACAGACUGCUAAUACUGUUAUUAGUGGGGAGAAUAGUAAACUAGAAACAAUGGGAACAGAACAACUCCUUGAUCUAUUCUCUCAUAAGCCAUCGAUUAGUGGAAACCUACCAAAUAAUUCUGUUACAAGUUCCGGAGGUAUGAAAUCAAUCUUGGAAAAUCUACCAGACUUAUGGGAUCAUAAGCAAUAUGAUGAUGAAUAUGACAUGUCACAGUUCAUGGCCAAAUUAAAAUGACAAAGAAACCCUUGAGACCACUCAGGUUGUCCAGCUAUUUGAAGCAUUGGCCUACUUUCCAGUUCAAGUUGUUGUUUUUAUAACCUAUAAGUUUCAAGAGCUCUUAUGCCCAAUUAUCAGAUAUUAUUUCCAAUUUUCAUGUAUCAUCUUCAUCUCAUUGUAUGUAUCAUGAUAAUGUAAAAACAUACUCUCAUUUAAUUUAUUCAAUUGAUUAAUUAAUGUGUUCUCAUUUAUAAAUUAAACUAAUAUGAUUUAGUUUCAAUUUAAUAAUAAAAAUUAGUAAUAAA